UUUGAACUUGAAGAUGGCACCAAAAAUUCACACGUUUCUUCUAACUUGGUUGUUAACCAAGCAGGUGACAGGCCUGACUGAGCCUUCCAAUCUGGACAUGGCUCCCAAUGCAUUUGAUGAUCAGUAUGAGGGCUGUGUCCAAGAAAUGGAGAAGAAAGCACCCCAAUUGUUAGAGGAAGACUUCAACAUGAGUGAGCAAUUAAGACUUGAGUGGGAAAGGGCAGAGAAAAAAUGGAAGGCGAUGAAAAAGACAAGAAGCUAUCCAGAAGGUUUCCAUGAUUUCCACGGAACGGCUUUAGUAGCCUACACUGGGGACAUUCACAAAGAUUUUAACAGAGCUGUUAGAGAAUUCAGGAAAGAUUUCCAUAACUUUCAUUACAAGGCCUUCCAUUACUACUUAACAAGAGCUCUUCAGCUUCUGAAUAACAAGAGUUGUUACACAGUUUACCGAGGCACCAAGAACAAGUUUCUUUACAGCGGGAAGGGCUCUGUGCGGUUUGGGCAGUUUGCUUCCUCAUCUUCAGCUAAGGCCGUAGCUGUUUCAAAGUCAUUUUUAAGUGACCAUGGGACAUUGUUCAGGAUUGAAACAUGCUUGGGGGUUGAUAUUAAAGAAUUCUCCUUCUUAUCCUUUGAAAAGGAGGUGUUAAUUCCAGGUUAUGAAGAGUAUCACAAAGUAAUUGUAACACAAAAUGAAAAAGGGUAUGAUGAAAUUUCUCUGGACUCUCCCCAAAGAAAGAAGAGUAACUUUAAUUGCUUCUAUAGUGGUUUUACGAACAUAGUCAAUAGUCAUUUGAGAAGUUCAGGAGCCAGAGACAGCCCUGCAUUCCUGCUGCUUGUGGUGCUACCUGGUCUCCUGGUCCAGCUGUUUUCUCUUGCUGAGCUGUAGUCAUCUCCUGCCUGUAGUUCAUGGUGCUGAGUGUUGAAGGGAGGCCAAAGGGCUAGAACUUGGCAGGUUCUCUAAGGUCUGUGGGAGAAAGAAGGCUGUGAUCAUUCUGGAGAAGAUCUACUUUAACAUUAACGAAGUCCAUAGGAAUCUAAAGAACUUACUGGAUCUGUGGGUGAAAUUUUAUGUUCUGACUUUAAAUUUACUACUCUUCGACACUUUUCUAUCUUCUAUCUAUCUAUCUUCACCUGCAUUUAUAGCAGUUAUAAUUUUAAAGCACACAAUAUGUGAUGAAUGAUACAAUAUAGAGAAAUAAACUGUCUAUAACCACAC